AUGAGAGCAGUGACCAUCUUCACCGUAACCAUCGUCCUGGCAGCCUGUCUCCUGAAGAGCACCGAGGCGGUGACCUGUACCGCUGAUCCCACAGUCACCGGAUGCAUCGACUGCACCGACACCGCCAACGCUGCGGAUGCUGAAUGUGUGGCUGAGGCAGCGGCGAACACCACAACAACUGAGGCUGUCACAACCACGGCGGCCACUACGGCGGCUUCUACUUCGGCAACGGCCACCACAGCGGCGACCAGAACUGGAGGCAAUCGGAAAGUCGUGCGAUUGACCAACUUUAGAUGGCGCGCCACCCGCCGCUUCCGCAUCAACCGCAACAGGAACACCUCUAGCAGCACCCUGCGCACCACCAUCAGGAAUCGGAGGAACAGGAGCAACGUGAGAAGGGUCAAUGUGAGGAACCGCAGAGGCAAUGGCAAUGUUCGUGUCAUUGUGGGCUAG